GUUACUCUGACAAUGGAGCUAACAGAAAAUGUCAACUCAAUACUGCUACACUUUAAAGAAUGACUAGUUUUCUGGUUCUUCCUGAUCAUCCGUCGUCUUUUAAUUUGUAGGAGCUUUUAUGACGUCACGAAUGCACUCUGACCCCGGUAGCACUAAUGCGGCUCUAACUUUACGUUGAUUAUUUCUGAUGCAAGUCGUCCGUCCUCGCUCAGUGUUGCUAAUGUUAGCUUAGCUUGCUAACUGCUAAUAGACCUGCCAGUGUGUUAUCGAGACAAACUGUUUCUGACGGAGUUUUUGUGAAGUAAAGGUGAAAAAUGGCCCAAAAAGUGCAGAUUCUGAGGUCACUGGUGGAGCAGAGACUAACUGCAGCUGCUGAAGAGAUAUUUGGGCUGUUUGAAAGAACCAUAGCAGAAUACGAGGAGGAACUUUGUCAAACUAAAGAAGAAAACCAGAGACAAAGACAAAUACUGGACUGUGUUUGGAAUCCGAGAGUCCUGCUACACAAAACAGAUGUCCAGCAGCACUUGGUGGUUCAAAAAGAAGUUCUUCCGGAGCAGCAGGAGUGGAAUCCUAUUGUGGACCAGGAGGAACCAGAACCCUCACAAAUCAAAGAGGAACAGGAGGAACUGUGGACCUGCCAGGAAGUGAAUAUCACCAAGUUCCCAUCCACUCCUGUCCCUGUGAUGAGUAACGAUGAUGAUGAGGAGAAAGUUGAGUCCUCACAGCAUAAAGUAACACAAACUGUGAAGAUCAAAGAGGAAGCAAAGAAAGUGGACUGUGGAGGAUCAGAACCAUCCAGCAGCUUCUAUCCACAUAGACAUUUACAAAGAAAAAUUGGUGAGCAGAAUGAAGACUGUGAGGAAACCGAGAACAGCGAUGAAGACCAGACCCUGAACCACAAACCUGAGUCAAAGCUUCCGACAAACAGCUCAACUGAACAGAUGGAAACAGAAACUGAUGGAGACGACAGCAGAGGAUCAGAGCCAGACAUUAUCCUGGUCCACAUGGAGAGUGUAAAGAGAAGAACCUUAGACAGUAAGAGUUUACUGGAGGAACACAUGGACACUCACACAGGACAGAAACUGGUUGAUUCUUCUGAAUGUGAAGAUACAUUUCCUCAGAAAAACACGACACAGGAAACCAACUCACCCACAGACAUGAUGAUGAAUAAUGACUUGAUGCUAAGUGAUAUGGGAUUUGAAAACAAACUAUACCACUGCUCUGCCUGCUCGAAAACAUUUUGCUGGAAGUCAAAGUUAGAAAUCCACAUGAGAAUUCACACUGGAGAGAGGCCAUUUUGUUGUUCAGUUUGUGGAAGCAGAUUCAAACAGAAGUCGAGUUUACUCAGUCACAUGAAGUCCCACACAGGAGAAAAACCAUUCAGAUGUUCACUGUGUCAGAAGUGUUUUGGAAGCAGAAGUCAGGUCAGGAAACACAUGAUAGUCCACACAGGAGAGAGACCAUUCAAUUGUCCACUGUGUCUCAAAUGUUUUAGAGACCGCAGUGAGGUCAGGAGACACAUGAGAAUCCACACAGGCGAGAAACCAUUCAGCUGUUCAGAAUGCAGUAGAAGAUUUACUCACAGGGCAAGUUUGAACAAUCACAUGAGAGUCCACACAGGAGAGAAACCUUUCAUCUGUGUAUUUUGUCAGAAAGGCUUCGCACGUAAAGAUCAUCUUCAUUCACAUAUGAGGAUCCACACAAGAGAAUAGACAGAAUAUCACAUUCACAGGAAUCAGACCAACACAGACUAAAGAAUACUGAUACUUUAAAAUUUUAGAGGACAAUCUGCAUGAAUAAUUUCAUCUGAUUUAUUUUUCUUGCGUAUAUUUGUCUUCAUUAUUUUUUCAAUGUUGCCAUUUUUUUUAAAUUAAAUGAAUGUAAAUAUAUUGUUUGUCUAUUCUCUUCUUUUCAUACUGAGAAUACUUUUUUUUUCUGAGAUCAGCAGUUGAAUCAGACUAACAGGAUCCAAAUGAUCACAACAGCUGAGAACUAGAGGUGAAAGAGGUUAAAGCAACACAAUAAAAACAUUUGUCAAUAGUUUCCACCAUGUCCCUCACAAACUUACCAAGAAAUCACAUUAUUCAUGUCUGAAAUUCAUCUUUAACUCUAUAAUAAACAUAAUUGUUGAAAAUAAUGUGUAAAUCAAAUAAUAAAUACAUAACUUCUAAAUCUACAUAACUGAACAUGAGACUCAAUGUAACGAAUCAGUAAAUGUGGAACUGAACACAGGAUGAAAAAACAGCUUUUUGUCUUCUACAGAAAGAAAAAGUUCAAAUCUUGACUAAAUCAGGCUCAAUCAAAAACCUGAAAUCAGAAUUUGUCAGAAUCACAUCAGGAUGUUGAGUUACACUAUUCAGACAAAGGUAUUGGGACAUACUGAAUUCAGGUGUUUCAAUAGUAAUAGCGGGUGGGGCUAUAAAACAAUGACUAAUGUCUUAAUAUAAUUUCAUAUUAAAAUAAAUAUUUGUAUUUCAUCUUUAGAGCUAAUUUUGUCUACAUUGUCAUCUACAUGUACAAAAUGCAGACUUUAAUUUUACGUAAUGUUGAAAUUUUUUCAGUAUUAUAAUUGUUUUAAAUAUUUUACCUCUAGAAAAUCUGAGUGAAAUCAUUUACCAUCACUUACUUCACCCAAA